CGUUGAUUGGCUCUCAACAUUCCGUUCUCAGCCACUGAGACACUGAGUAGCCCGGCGCCAGUGUGACAUAAUAGGACAUGUCUGAGAGCAUAAGUGAGUACGAGUAUUUAGACGAAUUGUCUACAACAACUGAAAACAUGAGCGGCCGAGGUAAAACCGGUGGCAAGGCCAGAGCAAAGGCUAAGACUCGUUCAUCCAGGGCUGGACUUCAGUUCCCUGUGGGCCGUGUGCACAGGCUGCUGCGCAAAGGUAACUAUGCUCAGCGUGUCGGCGCUGGUGCACCGGUCUAUUUGGCUGCAGUGCUCGAGUAUCUGACUGCUGAGAUCCUGGAGUUGGCCGGCAAUGCUGCCCGUGACAACAAGAAGACUCGUAUCAUUCCCCGCCAUCUGCAGCUGGCUGUGCGCAACGACGAGGAGUUGAACAAGCUGCUCGGUGGAGUGACCAUUGCUCAGGGUGGUGUAUUGCCCAACAUCCAGGCUGUGCUGCUGCCCAAGAAGACUUGAGAAGUCCAAGUAAACCUGCUCCUUCGAAGUCUCAGAAACAAAGGCUCUUUUAAGAGCCACCCAAA